CUUUUUGCAGCCGAUCUCUGCCCAAUGUCCAAAAAGCAACCAGAGAGAGCAAGAGCGCACAAAAAUGUAUACGACAUAGAAGCACAACAGAAGCAUCUGCGACGCCAUUUAGAAUCAUUAGAGCGAGACAAUCAUCAACCGCUGGACGAUGUUGAAGGACUUGUCAGCGUAGCUUUAGCACAUAUUGAAGACGAUAACUCAGGGCGAAAACGUCAGAAAAUAUCGCGAGCCAACCCAUUCUCCACUAGGCAAAAUUUAGGCGCCUUGAUCAUAGAAGCAAGGCUAGACCUACUCCCACCCGACAUACCAACUUAUUUGACGUGCAAUGCAACUCCGUCACAAUACCCACCUCGACAAUUUUGCUCUGUAUGUAGCUUCCAGAGCUCCUAUAGAUGUAGUAAAUGUGGAAUGAAAUAUUGUUCAGUCAAAUGCUUGAGAACACACGAAGAAACGAGAUGCAUGAAGUGGACCAUAUGACUUGUUGAACUACAGCGUGAUGGAACAGGAAGUGACCCCGUCAUUUUCUGUUGGAGACAUAAAACAACUGUAAUAUAGAAUGGAGUGGUAUUCAACGCUCCAAUGAAAUAAAAUUGGGCUCUAAGAACCAGUCCAUGGUGGAAACAUAUGAU